UGACGCGCUACAUGCUUGAGACGAGGCCAGAGGACCAUGAUGGAGUACUUGAGCGACAAGUUCUCCUUGAAAAGCCAAGCGAUUAAAGGCAGCGAUUACUACAUGGACCAAGUCAUGGAGACUUUAGACAAUGUGCAGUACUACAACAAGACAUCACCUAAAUGCGUCCAGGCCUUCUCGAUGCAGAGCAAUGAUCAACACACCACCAUGGACAGAUCGUCUCCUUGUGACAACCAAAACAGCGUGAAUUACUGCGCUCCUAAAACUGAAGACAGCAGCCUGCACGCGAUGGAGAACUGCUGCAGCAUCAGAGUCUCACCGGCCACAGCCGGACCAGACAAAACUGACCUGGACGACAUCGGCGAAAAAUGCGACAGCAACGUGUCGAGCAGCAAGAAGAGACGCCAUCGCACGACCUUCACGAGCGCUCAACUAGAGGAUCUAGAGAAAGUCUUCCAGAAAACCCAUUACCCAGAUGUGUAUGUGAGAGAACAGCUGGCCAUGAGAACAGAGCUCACGGAGGCCAGAGUUCAGGUAUGGUUCCAGAACAGAAGAGCCAAGUGGAGAAAGCGAGAAAGAUAUGGACAGAUCCAGCAGGCCAAAAGCCACUUUGCAGCGACCUAUGACAUAUCAAUGCUGCCCAGGACAGACAGCUACUCGCAGAUUUCCAACAACUUAUGGACAGGUCCUACUCCAGGCAGCUCUGUAGUCGCGUCCUGCAUGAUGCCGCGCGGUUCCCCUCCCUGCGUGACGUCUCCCUAUCCCCACUCGCCGAGAGCUGGUGAGCACAGUUACAUGGGAUUCCCCAAUCACCAGCAAAAUCAGUUUGGAAUGUCUCUCAACAACUUCUUCGCCGAUUCACUUCUGGCUCCUUCACCGAACAGUCAUGCUGCGUUUGAGACCAAACCUGAGUUUGAACGGCGGUCAUCCAGCAUUGCUGUGCUGCGGAUGAAGGCGAAGGAACAUACAGCCAACAUAACUUGGACCAUGUGAACUCUGAACUUAUUCUAAUAGUGCUGAUCUCAACAGUUUUUACCUAUAACAGUACAGCCAGUUACUUUCAUGAAUUUGUUUUUAUUUUAUUUUUUUAUUGGAACAACAACGAUAU